AUGGCCUCCACCGCGAAAAUCGAGGAGGUGGGCAAGGGCAAUGCACAAUCCCUUGCAUCCGAUCUGCAGGACCUCCUCAAGGAGAUUGACGAAUUUGUUGGCGUCAAUAAUCAGCUCCUUUCUAGUGUGCGAGCGGAUCGACGUCGCAUCGCCGGAGAGGUUCUCAAUUUGGUUGACGAGCUCGUGCUCAAAGAGCGGUGCUUGAAACAGGUGUGUGACGGUCGUCGCCGUGCAGAGCGGGCAUCCCGCGAUGCAGAGGCAUGGGCGAUGCGAAGCAAAGGACAGGCUGAGCGCCUUUGGGCCGCGUUACGGGUGGAUUGGCACGCCGUAGAAGGCGAAUUGACGUGCAACAUUUGUUUGGGCAAACUUUGGAGUGCCGUCACGAUCGUCCUGUGUGGUCACACUACCUGUGCGAGUUGCACCUACGAAUGGUGGAGAAAGUGCAAAGAGGCUCCCCAAUCGACCUACUCUUGCGUACGGUGCGGCACCACAUCUGACCGGCAUCCUUUGCGGGCGUUGACGAUCGAGGGUGCCGUGCGUGAAUUGCCCAGGCUGAACGACGACAAUCGACUGUUGUAUGAGGAGGCGGCCAAAAGGGUGGGGUAUGAGGACGACAGCAGUUGGAAUGAUUUUUUCCCUAAAACACUCCACUUUGGAGAUGCGAAUUGCUCAUUUGAGGAACAAAAGUUGAAUGCCAACAUGACACAGCAAGACCUCAAGACAAGAUAA